CUUCUAUCGUCAACCAAUAAAUCUGAAUCAUUAAACCCUCUCAUUGCAUUUGAAAAGGCUUUAACAGUCGGAGAGAUAGAGAGUACUUCGGCAAAAUCUUGAACUGUUCCAUGACAAUAGGAAGUGAGCCUUAAGAAGUCAGAAAGUCAGUACAAGCUCAUCAACGAGGUAUUGAACAUCAACUCAGUCCGCCCACCAGCGCAAAAUUCGAGUCGCUCCGUAUGACCUUGAGGUCCCGGAGAAUUCCUCAACUGCUUGUUAGUAGGUAGUUUCCGAGUUGUCUAUUACAUGCCGGGAUGGAUGAGCUUUCUUUGUAUUUUUCAACCGAGAAUGAAACAUCCAAGACAAAGUUAGGAAGGAAAUCGGCCAAAUCGUUCUCAAGACCAAAUAACUUUCAUAAUGACUCACAUCAAAGCAAAGUUUUCAGAGAUUACAGGAGGAAGAAUAAAUCCAUGGAAUUUAACAAAGAAGUUAACCAUCGCCCACUCAACAACAUCAUAACUGCCUCCAACACUAACUUGCGUAAUGGCUUUGAUUGCGGGAAUAUUUCCACAAAUAUGCCACAUAUUUUACCUCCCGAAGUAGAAGUAGGGAAUGUUGAGUAUAAACGGAAAUUGGUUGAUCCAACACCGAAUCGUUUUGAACAACUUGUCACACAAAUGAAAUGGCGUCUUAAUGAAGGCGGAGGGAAAGCGAUAUACAAAUUAGGCGUUGAUGAUGAUGGACAUAUUAGUGGCCUGUGUCAAAGUGAAUUAGUCAGUUCCCUGGCAACACUUGAACGUAUGGCAAAACGUUUGAAUGCUACACUGCAUCCCUUAAGAGAACGUAUUAUUGAACCAAUUGCAGAUGAUGGUGAUAAUAAUACUACCAAUCCGAUAAAUAGAGAAUAUCGUAAAGCUAUUGAAUUAUUGGUUCGUUUAGCGCCAACAACAAAUGAUGGCUCACCUGACCUGUGCGUAGCUUUAGUCGGUGGAAUGGAUUCAGGCAAGUCGACAUUGAUCGGUGUAUUAACAGACGGGGAAUUGGAUAAUGCACGUGGCAAAGCACGAUUAAAUCUAUUUCGUCAUUUACAUGAAGUCCAGUCAGGUCGUACUAGCAGUUUAAGUCGUGAGCUGUUAGGCUUUGAUGCUGACGGGAAUGUAACGAACUACAAAUAUGCUGAUGGAAGAGUUUAUCGAAGAUCUGCAGAAGAAGUUGUCCGAAUGUCAUCGAAUUUAAUCACUCUAAUCGAUUUAGCUGGACAUUCAAGAUAUCAACGCACCACGCUAUCUGGCAUUGCUUGUAAUCAACCUGUUAUGAGUAUUCUAGUAAUAUCAGCAACAAUCGGUUUGACAACAAUCGGUUUAGAGCACAUCCAAUUGAUACGUUCACUAAAUUUACCAAUGAUUGUUGUCCUUACAAAAAUUGAUCAAUUAGCCAGUGGUGGUGAACAACAGUUGAAACGGAUCAAUUCAAUCUAUCGUCAGUUAGUGUAUCAAUUUAAACAAAUCGAGUAUGCAUGGUCAUAUAAUAAUGGGAUACCGAUAUGGAAUGAAAAAUAUUCAAUGUUCAACAACAGCUGGGAAUUAAAUUCAAAUAAAGAUUCAAACGGAAGUCAUUGUAUGCCACCAUUUUUUCCUGUUUCAUCUGUUACUGGUCAAGGCAUUGAUCAUUUAAUUAAAUUUUUAAGUCGUUUAAGUUGUUUAAAUCAAUCCAUCGAUAGGGAAUUAACAUUAAAACAACAAGACAAACAGCUUACAUCAUCAAAUCAAUCCUUGAACAACACUAUUGGACAUGUUGUUGUUAAACAAGCGCAAUCUUUAAAUUCAAGCGAUAUUUUUUACCUGUCAUCAAAUGAAAAUCAAAUUCAGUUAAUGUUAAAUAAAAUUAAUGAAGAAAUAAAAAUUAUUAAAACCUAUCGAGAUUUUAAUGGUACACUAUUUUGGAUCAAUCAAGUGUAUACACAAAUUCCAGGUGUUUGUAAUCCAGUUCUAGUUGGACGUGUACAACUUGGUCAAUUGUUGAAUAAUCAAAUCCUAUGGCUUGGUCCUGAUCAUUUUGGUGAUUUUUAUCCAGUUCAAAUAGUCAGUUUAAUGCAUAAUCGUCAAGUUCAUGAAAUUGUCUAUGCUGGUCAAUUAGCUUCAAUGGAGGUACAUUUCUUACCAAAGUCAUGGAACAAUCUAAGUUAUAGUCAACGUAUUCAUAUAUUACAAAAUAUUUCCUCAUCUUAUAAUAAUAAUAAUAACAAUACUAAUGGUAUUAUGAAUCAACAAAAUAAACGAUCCCAAUAUUUAUUAUUUGGUAAUGAUAAUGAUAACACGGGGAAUGAAGAAAAUAUCCCCUACAAUGAACAGCCGGAUGAUAGUAAUACCAAUACUUCACAAAUGUGGCAUUCAUCAGUAAAACUACGUCGUGGAAUGAUUCUACUCACUUAUCCAAUGUUAAUGAUGAAUAAACAUCUGUCGAAAUCAUCUUCAUUAUUAUUAUUAUCAUCUACAAAUCUAAAUUCCCCAUCGACAUCUUCAAAUCUUUCUCCUCUAUCGUUAUCGUCGUCCUCCUGUUCCUCGACGUCUUCGCCCUCAUCACCUCUGCCAUCUUUGUAUGAUGCAUUCAUAUGGAAUCAACCAUUGAAAUCAAAAGAUUGUAUCAAUUUUUCAGUUGUUUGGACAGUGAAAUUACGCUUAGCGUGUCGUCUACCGAUUGUCUCUUUUAAAUUGGGUACACCACCGAUUAUUUUAACCCCGAUACCAUCGAUUGGGCAACGUGUCACCAUCUAUGCUGGUUGUAUAUGUCAAACUGGUGUUAUUAUUGAUGGGAGAAUUGAAGAGAAUCAACGAAGUGAAUAUGAUCAGUGUGGAAAUAAUAAUAAUUUAAACAAUAAGAAUCACUUAGAAGAUACAAGUCAUCUUUAUGUACGCUUUACACGACAACCUGAAUGCGUUGAAAUUGGUCGUCAAUUUAUACUCACCUGGAAUGGUAGCCUGAAAACAGUUGGUUAUGUUAUUGAUUUAAUCGAUCCAUUGAAGUGUAAUUCAUCAAUUUCUCUUCUAUUGAACAAUGAGACUAGUAAUAAUAACAACGAUAAUAAAGGUGAUGCCAUUCAGUCAAUGAAUGACAGCGAUAAUGAUUUCAUAUGGAAAAGACACAAUACUCUAUCAUUUCGUGAAAAAGAUGACUAUGAUAGUAGUUGGUCAAGUCUACGAAUGAAUUUUAUCGAUCGUAUGAUGAUGAAUACAACUCAUGACAGUGGAAAUAUUAAUAUUAAUAAUAAUAACAAUAAUUUGCAAUACUUUUAUCAUAAAUCAAAGUCAUUGUCUUUAUCAUUGGAAGAAUUUGAUGGAAGCAAUUAUGCAUCAACAAAUGAAAAAUUCGAUUCAAUGCAUUAUACUACUUCCAUUCAUCAUCAUUUAAGUAGUUUAUUAGAAGCAGAAAUAGAAAAUCAAGAGAAUCAGAAAAAGGGUACAGAUCUGUCCAGUGGUGGUGAUGUUGGCGGUGUUGGUGAUGUCAUUCCCCCUGGACAAUCACAAAGACAAGAACAAAAACAGCAACGAAAUGAACAACAGUCACCUGAUAUUGGUGUAAAGUCUUCACAGUCUACGAAUUAUCCUUAUCAUAAUAAUAAUAAUAAGUCGUCAUCUUCUUCUUCAAGAUCGAAUAAACGCCGUCAUCGACGGAAACAAAAGUCUUAACCAUGGUGGUUUAUUUAUUCGUUCUGUGUGUGUGUAUGUGAUUUAGUUGUCUAAAUAUUCAGUUAUACAAUCAAUUUGUUCAUUGAAUUCUUUUGUCCUAUUGAAAAUAUUCAGCAUGUAGUGAUACACACUAUUUCUGAAAUGUCUAGUUUCGUCUUCAUCGUCUUAUGGCUUCCUCUUGUGUAGUGUAUAUAUUAUAUAUAACAAUAAAAACGCACACAUACAUACACUUAUUUUUGUGUUUGUGCAUAUAUUCAUGUUUGUUUGUUUCUGUGCGGGUGUGGGUGUGUUUAUUGAUUUAUUUAUUUGUCUUUCUAAUUUUUCGGAUUAUAAGUAGUUUAUUUAGCUGUUUUAUUUUUGAGCGUAUAUUUAUGUAUAUUAUGCAGUAUUCCAUGAUUCUAACUUUCUAUUGGUUGUUUUGUUUCGUACGCGCCCACCUCUGCCCAUCCGCCCACGCAUGUGCGUGUGUGCGUCACAGCGUUUCAAUUGUACAUUGAACAUACAUCUACAUAUAUUUAUCCUUUGUUUAAAUCAAUUCAAUUAGAUAAUAUCGAAAUUUGAAUAACAGGCAAUAACAGCAACGAUACGUCGUCCGCACAACAAGGAAUAAUGAAAGUUACUCAUUUUAUUCUCACAAUUUUAUUAUAAUUUAGUUCAUUAGAGAAAUAAUUUUAGAAUAAUAAUUCAAGAUGAGUAUGGUGUAUGUAUUAUUGUAGAUGGAUCGAAGCAUCUCGAAAAUAUCAGAAUAUGAAUGAAUGGAAAGGUAUGAUAAAAAGGCGGCGAUGUAAGACGGUAAGGAUUCCCCCGUUUGUUGCUGUUGUUGUUGUUGUUAUCGCACUUUGAGUUCUUCAUAUUCUUGCUUUUGUUUGUAAUUAGUUUUAUAAUAGAAGAAAUUCUUUGUUCUUUUUUAUUCUUUAUGUUUGUGCGUUUCUUCUUUUUUGAUGACGUCACAAUAACAGCAGCUAUAUUAUUAUUACAAUUAUUACCAGUGUGUAAUACCGAAUCUUGUUAACUUUGAGUUUUACUCUUCAGACUCCAGUAGUACCACUCAUGUCCUUUCUGAGCAUUCUUCAUUGUUUAGUAAUAGUAGAAUACAAUAUGGAAGAAUUGAACUGAACUACACUCAAUUGAACCAUCUUUAUACUUACUAUUACUUAUGCUAUAUAUAUAUAUAUAUAUAUAUAUAUAUAUAUAUAUACAACAUAUAAUUAUUUAUUAUCAACUUGUUCACAGAUAUACUCAUUCAUUUAUUGAUUUAUUUGUUUAUUUAUUUAUUGAAAAAUAAUAUUUUUCAUUUUUCUCAUGCAAACAUUUCUUCUUUUGCGUGUGUGUGUGUGUGUGUGUAUUUUGUUGCCCAAGUUGAAGGGGUUAUUCAACUUUAUGGUGCUCGUGUUGUUUGUUAGCUUGUUUUUUUGCCGAUAAACAUUUAACUACUGAAUGGGUAAAUUUAAGUAGGCAUGUCAUAAUUCUCAUAAAAUUCACUUUGAGAUGAUGCUAUUCAGUGUUAGAUAGAU